UCGACAACCUGAGUUCUUUCUGCGUACUUCCAGCCGACACGCGCGCCAGUCACCGCUGAGACGCCCAUUCGUACGAGCGUACGGCGCGCGCGCACUUUAAAAGCACCGAAUUCGAAUUUCUAAUCGUGACGCAAAACAGUGUUGUGACUUGUGCCAAUUCGUGACAGUGUAUCGAUACCAUCUAUGUUACCAAUACAGAAUUAGCAAAAUUACAAUGACGUGAAGUGACAGAUAUGUGAUUGUUCAGUACUGGUAUGGAAGACGUUUACAUUUUUAUGUAAAGUCACGAUGCGCAGCGGUGUACGAUGACGUGCGCGGCGCUGGUGGCAGUCGUGCUGACGAUGGCGAGCGCUGCGUGCGCGCAGCUGCGGCCCGCCGACGCGCCUCUAGCCAUCAACGACACACGCUGUGGUACGGAAUGCGUGCGCUGUGCAGCGGACGGGUGCGUCAAAUGCGCUCGGCUGCUGGUCUGGCCAGGCGGCACUUGUGCCCAUGACUGUCCUGCUGGCAGCCGCGAGGCUUGGGCACAUGAUGACCACCUCAUGGGACGGGUGUGCUACCCUGCGCAGACGUAUAACGAGGUGAUAGUGGGCGCUGCCUGUGGGGUGGCCGCGUGCAUCGCGCUGGUGGCGGCCGCGGCCGCGUACGCGCGGUGCCGCAGCAAGGCGCGCGCGCAACCACAGCCGCUGCCUCAACGAGCUACACACGACGACGACACGCGACUCCGAGAGUUUCAUAAACAGUUGGACUGCUUGCGACCUCACGCUUACACUUUGCUGGCGAUCCUGAACCACACGCGGCAUCAAGUGCGGGAGCUUUAUCAGCUUGGCAACAAUGAUGCUGCAAUGGCUUACAGUUGCAUUCUGAGUGAUCUGGCCAAGUUGCUGAUAUUGUUGAACAAGCAGCAGGUGCCCGUCGUGCCGGAUGAAUGGCCGCGUCUCGCUAGUUGGGCCGAAAGAAUCUUGAAACGCUACGGCCGAACUCCUGUUGGUCCACAGCAAGAAGGCCAGCUAGUUAACUUCCUUCCAGCCCCACCGAGUCAGGGCUCUGACUCGGAAACGACUCAGCAGUCCUUCUCGACGUUCAAACCUCCUUCGUACUCCCCCACGUCAUAUGAUAGUAAUAUCAUAGACAAAGAGAUGGAGUGUGAGUGGAGUGAUGCUGGCAGACCUCCCAGCUACUCGCAAGUAGAGAGAGAAAGAGAGACCAUCGUCCUCUCCGACCCAUGGGAGAGAAGGCCGAUUGUUAGGAGGGAGAGCGUUUGGCUAGAAGAUGAAUUCUUCGAAAUGUCAAGGCGGCCUCAAGACGAACUAACUACUGAACUUUAAUUUGUGUAAUAUUAACUUCAUGGCAUUUGGUUCACCAUUCCAAGUCUGACAAGUACAAAAUACCAGAUUACUAAUAUUUAAUAUCUGUAAGUUUUGUAGUGGUGCUUUAAACCCUGUAAAUAAGUAGCUAGUACCUAUUUCCUACUAAACCUAUACUUUAGGUAUGUUUGUGUAGGUAUAAAUAGUACCUAGUUUUGAAAACGAAUUAGGUAAGUGAAUUGUACGGAAUUUUUUGAAAAAUCAAUUUUUUCGUUAAAUGUACAGAGUUAAAUUAUUAUCAAUACUGAAGAAUUAUAGAUAAUAAUUUAUUUACUUUAUUUCUGUAAAAGUAAUGAGAAACCCUACUACACUGAAUUAAAUAAUAACAUAAACAAGCAAUUGUAAAUGCUUUAAGUAAGUAAACAUGUAGACUACGCAGAAAUAACAUUAUUUUUAAACAGUUUAAAACCAAAGUAGAAUAUAUUAUAGUUAUCUAGUCUAAAAAUAAAUUCAACAUAAUUAUUAUGGAACAUGCAUGCGUCCAUAAAAUAAGAGCAUUUUUAUUUUUGUAUAGAAUCUCUAAAUUUUAGAUCCUGAAGUAAGUAAUUAAUUGUUUUACCACCUAUUAUAAUAUUAGACAGUAGACUGUUUAGGGACCAUAGUAAAUAUUGAUUUAAUCUUAGAACAGUAUUUAAAUACGGAUUUUACCUCGACUUAGCUGGUAGAUCUUCAGUGAUAGCAACAAGUUACUUUAAAUCUUUAUCUUCCGUCAACAACCCAAUCUAGACAAUGCCAGCUGAAAAAAAUAUGCUUGCUGUGUUAUGUAGUAGAGUAGAAGGUACCUACUGCCGUGUUUCUACAUAUAUUCAACUGUUUAGGAAUUUCUUCAGCUGCCAAGAACGGAAAAGUCGUGAUCAGGCUAAACUACCUACCCUUUAUGAUACUAAUAAUCAUAAUAUAAUUACAAAGUAGUUUGUCAUAAGUGCCUAAAUAUUGUUAUAAAAUAAAGACAACGAAAAUACCUAUCUGUUAAAAUAGUUUAAAAUACUUUUUUAUGAAUGUUAAAUUAAUAAAGAUGAAUUUAUA